AUGGAAUCUCAAGAAGUGAUCACAAAUAAUAUAAACGGUAACAACAGAUCAGCCGUUGAAGUAAUGCGAAGAUAUAUCGAGUCUUUGCCCGAAGAGAUCUCAUUCAAAGAAGAGGUCUCGAGUUAUCAGUUUUGGAAAGCAGUCAGAACUGAAUUCUUGGCCACUCUUCUCUUCAUUGUCUUCACGUGUGGCUCUUGUAUGAGCUAUACAUCACUUCCUCCUAAGUUUAUGACUAAUGUGUCGUCAAUUGAAUAUCAAAAUAGUUCAGAGACUAGUUUUGAAGCUAUAGUUUUAGAGCUUAAAAUAGCACUUGUGUUUGGUCUGACAGCUGCCACACUAAUACAAUGUACGGGACAUGUGAGUGGUUGUCAUAUGACACCUGCUAUAACACUAUCUUUAUUAGUUACCCGACGGCUCACUAUAUUUCGAUGCUUUUUAUACAUUAUAGUCCAGUGUUUAGCAUCAGUUGUGGGUUCGGCCAUAAUAUAUGGUUUACUCACUAGUGAAGAGCGGUUGCAUUCAGGACUGGGUCUAACACUUCCCAAUCAAAACUUGAAUGCAACUCAAGUGUUUGGUUACGAGUUUUUAUCCACUUUUAUAGUUGUUUUGACAUUUCUUGUUAAUUCUGAUCCACAGCGAAGUGACGCCGGAUUUAAAUCUUUAUCCAUUGGUUUUGCUUAUUCUGUCGCUCAUCUCUUCUCUUUUCGACAUACCGGAGCCUCAUUAUCUCCUGCGCGAUCAUUUGGACCGGCACUCAUAAAAGGAGUUUGGACUGACCAUUGGAUUUAUUGGUUGGCACCACUUAUUUCAGGAAUGGUUAGUGGAUUCACAUAUGAAUACAUCCGAUCCACUAAUUCUUCUGAAUGCCAAACAUUGAAGAGUUCAUUCAGAAGAAGACCUUCUCAUGGCGUCAAACGCGACCAGAGCUCCAAUUUAAGCAAUUAUGAGACAGAGUUUACCAUCACUUCAACUGAAUGCCCCCGUUAUUGA